AUGUCUACGGAGGACGAAAAGUUGCUCAAGGAGGCGAAGAAGCUGCCGUGGGACGAGCGGCUGCUCCACAAGAACUGGAAGGUCAGAAACGACGCGAACAUUGACCUCGCCGCGGUCUGCGAUUCCAUCACCGAUCCCAAGGAUUCCCGCCUUAGAGAUUUUGGUAACGGCCCUAUCCUCGCUGGAUUCAUAUUUGUACGUCCUCUCAAAUGUGAUCUUGCGCUGCCAUCGGUUAAUCUGUCGAUGCCAUGCGGAUUCAUGCACUGCAUUGGCAGUUUGAUGGAUUUGACGGGGUCGGUGAAACACCGUCCUGCUCUGGAGGACGAGGACCAAUUUCGUUGCCACUUUUUUGGAAACUUAAUUUCAACUUUCAUCUCCUACACCGAAAUGUUCUCCGAAAGGAGAAUUUUCCUCUCGUAAUUUUGUGUUCAGGCUGGUGCUCAGCGCGGAUCAUGAUGCCUCUAAGGUUUUUUAUAAAAUCUUCCUGAAUCAGGACCCCUCUUCAAAAAGACGGUCGCCGACUCGAAUGCUCCAGUCCAGGAAAAGGCCCUCGACGCUCUCAUUGCAUUUUUACGGGUAGCAGAUGCAGAAGUUGGGAGGUAAUAUUUGUCUGAUCUCUCCGCAUCUCACUUGCUCCACAUGUCUCCACGUAUCUUCCUUCUUUAUUGUUUGUCCAUCAAUUUGGUUUCAUUGAUUAAUCUCUGAUACAGAUAUGCAAAGGAAGUCUGUGACGCCAUCAUCGCCAAAUGCCUUACUGGUCGUCCAAAGACUGUGGAGAAGGCACAGGCUGUUUUCCUUCUUUGGGUGGAGCUGGAGGCAACGGAUGCUUUCUUAGUAAGGAGAUUGCGGUUCUGUCACUUAGAUUAAAUGCAUUCUCAUGUUUCUGUUGCUACUGUCCACACUUUUCACAGAUAUGUUAUUGCGUGCCAUGCAAAGUUAGCUGCUAGUUUGGAUACUGGAUGUCGAUUACAUUUAGUAGUGUAUAGAUAAUUGGAAUACGUGUUAUUUUAUGGCUUAUGAGCGACGUGAUAUUGACCUUAUUUUUGCCUAAUUAUGUUCUUGCAUCUUUAAUACUUAAUCAUGACUUUUGUUUUUUAGGAAGCAAUGGAGAAGGCAAUAAAGAAUAAAGUUGCCAAGGCAGUAGUGCCAGCUAUUGAUGUCAUGUUCCAAGCACUUAGGUUUGCUAAAAUUUGCAUAUGCUUUAUAGGCAAAUGAUUUUUUUCCUUUGUUUCUAAUUCUUUCUCGAUCAUAUUGUCCUCAUGUGUCAAUAUGCAGUGAGUUUGGUGCAAAAGUUGUUCCACCUAAGAAGAUUUUGAAAAUGCUUCCUGAACUUUUUGAUCAUCAAGAUCAGAAUGUUCGUGCAUCCUCCAAAGGACUAACACUUGAACUGUGUCGUUGGAUUGGGAAGGAUCCUGUGAAGUCAAUUCUUUUUGAUAAAAUGCGUGAUACAAUGGUAAGAAGCUUGCACGUAAAUCAUAUUUUCUAUCUCUUAUUUGUCCAUAGGUUGAUAAAUAUAUAUAUAUAUUUUGCGUCAUGUGUGAAGAAAAAAGAGCUUGAAGCUGAGCUUUCCAAUGUAACUGGGAGCGCUAAACCAACCCGCAAGAUAAGGUAGACAUUCUAAGGAUUUUGCUAUAUGAACUUACAUACUGAAUUAUUCUGUGUAUUUCAAUAGUAUUUUUACGUUAGACAUUUACAUGCUAAGGCUUUUGAUAAUAUUUGUUUCCAAUAGCCUCAAACGUUUUUCCUAUUUCAAAUCUUAAGGAAGUGUUUGGAUUAGAUAUAGCCUUUUCUUUCAAAUUGCGUUAUUGUCCUUUGGGUACGAAUGGAUCAGGUCCUUGUAAAAUAUGGAGCAUCUCUUGGAUAAUUGGAUGUCAUGAGGUUCUCAAGAGACGAAGUUGCUUUUGAAAAUAUGAAAAAUUUAGUGUAGGAAUAUCUAAUCAUCGUACAGUGAGUGCAUACAAGAAGCACACGAAUACAUCCAAGAAGCUUACGAAUGUAUGAUUUCGUCUUGAAAGGGGGCUAUAACCUGAUUCGUGUUGACUUUGAAGUUUACAUACGAAUAUACUUCUAACCUGUGUACUAGCUAUUUUAAUAUAUUGUUUUCUUUUAUAGAUCCGAGCAAGAUAAAGAAUUGGAGACGGAAGUAGUCACUGAAACAGUUGGUGCUGGUCCCUGUGAGGAGUCUGUUGUUGAUGGUAGGAUGUCAUGUGCUUAGAUCUAUUGCAUGUCUUCUUUCAUUUUCAGUGAAUAUUUUGAGCAAUUUUAUUAGCCAAUACAGAUGUUACGAUGUCUUGAGUGGUAUUCUAAUGUAUGCAGAGCCUGAAAUAGACGAAUAUGACUUAGUUGAUCCUGUUGACAUUCUGGCUCCUCUUGAGAAGUCGGGAUUUUGGGAUGGAGUGGUUAGUCUCUUCCUGCUUCUACAGUGAGCUUGUCUUCUAGAGCAUUUUCCUCACACAUCGUUUACUGCAUUUCUGUUGCCAUCCAGAAAGCGACCAAAUGGUCUGAGAGGAGGGACGCCAUUGUGGAACUUACCAAGCUUGCUUCAACAAAAAAAAUUGCUCCUGGAGAUUUUUCUGAAAUUUGUCGAACUUUGAAGAAGGUAAACACGUCUGGCUGACAUUAUUUUCUUGCACGUAUUUUUCUAUUGUCUACUGAUUAUUGGUGUCUUCAUCAGUGGCCACAUGAUACAAAGAUUGAUGAUGGCGUUUUUUGUCUUUUCUCAUUCUCCCUUGUGAAAUGGACAAUAUAUACUGAAUGACUGUGCUUCGCACUGAAUUCUUUUCCUUGUUGACAGCUCAUCACAGAUGUGAAUCUUGCUGUUUCUGUGGAAGCUAUUCAAGCAAUUGGGAAUUUGGCUCGAGGAUUACGAAACCAUUUUUCUGGGAGUGCCCGCUUUCUGUUGCCUACAUUACUCGUAUGUCAAAACGUUAAAUGGAUUAUUUAUGUUAUCUACUUGUCAAAUUACCUGGUUUUGAUAUUUGGAUAAGACCGCUGCUGUUGGUUUUUUGGUUUAUCUCUCUUUCAGUUAUAAUUUUCUAAUGCUCAUAAGAUAAAUAUUAAAAUUAUAGUCUGCUUUGAGCUGCCAAGUCGUAUGGGUCAUGUUAGGACAUUAUGUCAAUACGUUUCCCUUGUUCUAUCAGCCAGUGUUGGAGGGUAGAUCAGUGUAUCAUUGUAUAAUAUAUUUCAAUUAUUUUGCCUUUUUUUCUACAGGAAAAACUCAAGGAGAAGAAACAAGUUAUGACGGAUGCUCUUACUCAGACUCUUCAAGCUAUGCAUCAAUCUGGUUGUUUCACUCUGACUGAUGUUGUCGAAGGCACGCUCAGUAACCCUUAUCUUAUAGAUUUAAGGGAGUAGGACUGUUGAUUGAAGUUAUUCUUUUACUCCGUGAAUGAUUAGGUGCUGCCUUUCAAGAGACUGCUUUAUUGUGUUUUCUACUGCAUGACUCUGUUUUUUAAAGCUUUAUCAAUGCGUUAUUAUUGGCUGGACUGGAACUAAAAGGAGCAUUUUGAUCUCUGUAUCCACAAUUCCUGAUCAGUGGAUUGUGUUCACAGAAGGUAUAUAAAAAUUAUAACGAUCUAUAGGUUUCUUUUGCUGUGAGGAUUGCUGCCUGUAGGGAUAUUAAGUGCUUCACUUUAACUGCUGUUGGAAAUAAAUUUGGAAGUGCCAAGGUUGAGCAAGGGUGAUUUUACAUUCUGUUUCCCGAGAAAAGAGGGCACCUAGUCUCUCAUCCAUAAUCAGCUAGGUUUCCUGGAAGGGGAGGUUAUUGGUUAGGAAGUGUGGUUGUCUUCUGCCUGUUUCUCAGACAAUGUUGCUUUUGAAGCUGUUACGACACUGUUUGAUAAAUCGAAAAAAACAAUCACAAUGAGGUAUUUCUAAAGGUUAAACCGAAAGUGAAGACACGAAACAGAAAAAAGGGAAAUAGGAAACGGUUGAAUUCUUUGUCGAGUGGAAACAUUGUUUUCGUGUACAAUGUCUUGAGUUUAACUCGUGGCAGGCCACUUGUCCUCGUGCCCUUUAUUCCUGCCCCUCUAAUGAAAGAAAAGUUCAACUUCAGUGCAGUGGAAGCAGAAAAAAGUGGUUGGGAUCUUGUGUCCAUGCCUUUUAGUUGCAGAAAAAAGUAAGAAGACGUAAAAGGAACAUUUUUUUAUUUUGAAACCCAGAGGUGUAUUCUUAUUGUGAGUGCCUUAUGUUGUGUACCAUUGAUGCGAAAACCUUAUUGUUUGUCACAGUUUGCUUAAGGUGACAAUUUUAUUCAAGCUUUUUGGUAUUGAUAAGUCAUUUCUAUCUCAUGAUGGAUGUAUUUGUUGCUUAUUUGUUCAUAGUAUGUGUUCGCUCGAACCUUGUAAUCAGGUUAGUUGGGUAUUGGUAUGCUAGUCUGGUGAGGCUGUUUGUUCUGCUAAUGUCUCAUUGGAUUUAUUUGGUAUAAACCUUAUUAGAUAAUGCUAUGGAGAGAUUAGAUGGAGCAGGUCGUUUGGUGGUGGUGAUCAAGUGAAAAUGUAGAAGGGACUGAGUGUUGGUUGUUUUCUGUAGGCUUUCCUUGGAUUUUGACUGUUUUAAGUAAUAAAAAAGACAAUUUAGCCACGUGUGUUGCUGUCGGAAGCCUAUCUCUUGGGAUAAUUUAGCUUGCUGUUUGUUGAUAUGAUAUGAGGUCGUCCUCUAUGGUUGGUUGAGCUAUUUUUCGACAGCUGUCGGCAUUCUGACUUAAGUCGGAAAACUAAUAAUUUGCAUAUUUCAUUAGUUUCAUUGAAUUGCUUUAUUUCGCCAAAGACAUUUCCUGUAAUGUUUUCCAAUUAUUUAUUAUAAAUGGUUAUAAAUGCUACUUCUUCUUCAAUGCAGAUGUUAAAGUAGCUGUGAAAAAUAAAGUUCCACUUGUGCGGUCCUUGACUUUAAACUGGGUGACAUCUUGUAUUGAGUCAAGUAACAAAGCGGUUGUUCUUAAGUUGUACAAGGAAUACAUUCCCAUUUGUAUGGAGGUCAGUGCAAUCUGUUUCAUGCUUUUCUCCUGGUUACUCUAGGCCCUGUUGGCCUCAGAAUAUGAGAUAGUUUUGAAAUUUCAUUUGGAUAAACGUUGUUUAUUUCAUGUUCCUUUUUUCAGUGUCUAAAUGAUGGUACGCCAGAUGUGAGAGAUGCAGCAUUUGCGGCUUUGGCAGCUAUUGCUACGGUAUUGCCUGCUCAGCUCAUUUUCCAUAUUUUCAGAUUACGUGGACUUGAUGCUCUUAAUGAUUCAUUGUUUUUAUAGUCGGUUGGUAUGAAGCCGUUGGAAAGAUCUCUAGAGAAACUUGAUGAUGUGAGAAAAAAGAAGCUUUCAGAAAUGAUUGGAAGCUCCGGGGGAAGUCAGGCUGGUAUGGUUUGAAUUUUGUUCGUUCUCUUCUAAAUUUAUUGCAUAGGUACCAUUUGUAAUGUAUUUUGACACUGUUUUUUAAUUCAUUCCCAGGUUUGGCCAUAAAGUCUGGUAGCGCCUUGUCCUCACAUGAGGUAGACUUCUGUUUCUGUUUAUUUCUUCCCAUGAGUCGGGGAAAAAAAAAGUUGUGUUUUAGUAGAUAUUGGUGCAUCCUAAUAGCUUAAGAUUCACGAUCACAUUAUUUUCCAUGUUCGUUUUAGGAAAUGGUAAAUUCCUCGUGAGUGAAAUACUUGUGUGAUUAAUGUUGUCAUUACAAUUUAGUUGUGUUAUGGCUUAAGGUCUUGAUGAUUUUACAAUUUAGGUUCUGUUGUGAAAUGAAAGUGUUUUUCAGUUAACAUUCUUCUUAUUGAAUUUCAGUUUUCUUUUGUCAUCUUUUGUCUCGCUCUGUGUUAUCCUGUAGGUGGGUGUUUUUAAUUUUCCAUACCUUCAGGUCUAUCUAGUGCAUUCAUGUUUACUCUCCUUACAAUCGUCAUUGUUGAUGCACGUGUUGGACAUUCAUGAGACGCUUUUUUAUUUGUAUAUCUUUUCAACAUAACAUGCUUUGAUUAAUGUCUAGGCAACUGAGGCCUCUCUUGUCAGAAGGUCUGCAGCAAGCAUGCUCAGUGGGAAGAAAGCUGUCCAGAUUUCUGUGAGUCCCUUCACUCGAUCAUUGGAAAUUUAUAUUUCGAGUUCGUUUCUUGGGUGGUUUAACUCGUAUUAGUUUGCUAUGUCAUUAGUCAAAUAAUAAGAAAGGUGGCACGACAAAGACGAAUCCAAUGAAAAAGGCCGAUGGAAUUGGACAGUCAAAGUCUUCAGUGGUUGAAAUUGAAGAUGUAGAGGUGGAGCAUCCAAUUCUCUGCGAAUCUUGUCAAGCCUAACAUUUGCUAUGGUUGUGCUUGUCUGAGUUACUUUAUUUUCAUUUGCAGCCUUCGGAGAUGAGUCUUGAGGAAAUUGAAGCAAGAAUAGGGUCCGUUGUUUCAGCUGAUACCAUUUCUCUGUUGAAGAGUAGUGUUUGGAAAGAACGACUUGAAGGUGUUAAUAUUUUGAAAUUACAAUUGAAGUUGUUCUGUUAAAUAUUUCCAGUUUUUUUCUAUUUCUUGUGAUAGUUUGUUUGUAGAUUACUUUCUUUACCAUCCACCCAAUUUUUUUGUAAUUUCUUUAUUAAAAAUCUGUGUUUAUUCUUGCAGUUCAUAUGGUCACCUGAAUCUUAGUCGGUCUGUAUUUUGAUAUAUAAUUACAUGAUCAAGUUUUGUAAUUUUUGCAGCAAUUGUCUUGCUUAAACAAUCCGUUGAAACUCUUGGGGACCUCGACCAGUCAGCUGAGCUCUUGAUUCGUUUGCUUUGUGCAAUUCCUGGAUGGGCUGAGAAAAAUGUACAGGUCCAACAACAAGUCAUUGAAGUUGUUACAUAUCUCGCUUCCAGCGUUAAGAGAUUCCCUAAACGAUGUGUUGUUCUCUGCCUUCUAGGUACGAUGGACUGAUAUUUUGUAAUCCCUGUGGGUUGUAGCCUAUAAGUAUAUAACGUGUGGGUUUUUACUAGCGUUUAUUUAAUAGUUUAAUUUUAUGAGAGAGUUUUCUUUAAAUCUGCAGGCAUAAGUGAACGUGUUGCAGACAUUAAAACCCGAAGUCAUGCAAUGAAAUGCCUUACAUCGUUUUCUGAGGCAGUUGGUCCAGGUUUUGUUUUUGAGCGGGUAAAGUAAUACGACUCUCUUUUGUUGGCUUCCUAUCUUCAAUCUCAUGCGUCUUCAAUCCUCAAAUGUCGAUAUUGAUGAAUACUGAUUGCUAUUGCCUAGCUUUACAAAAUCAUGAAAGAGCAUAAAAAUCCCAAGGUUCUUAGUGAGGGAAUUCUAUGGAUGGUUUCCGCUGUUGAAGAUUUUGGUAUUUCUCAUUUGAAGCUGAAGGUAUUCCUGUUAUUUCUGUUUACUCAACAUCUUUUCAUCACCUGUCUUAUUUCACUUCUGUCUAAGUCAUAAUAUUCUUUCAUCCUUUUUCAGGAUUUGAUUGAUUUCUGCAAAGAUACUGGACUCCAAUCUAGUGCUGCUGCAACAAGAAAUUCCACUAUUAAACUAAUUGGAGUAUUGCACAAGUUUGUUGGCCCAGGUAACGUCUCGUUCAUCAUGAAAUGGGAGUUUCAUUAAUUCCUAAGAGUCUAAUUCUAUAAAAAUGUUAACGUUGCAGAUAUUAAGAACUUCCUGACUGAUGUGAAACCUGCACUUCUCAGCACAUUGGAUGUGGAGUAUGAGAAAAACCCCUAUGAGGUAUGAUGUUCAAAUCACAUUGAAUUAGGAGUACGAUAAAAUUCUAUAAAAACCUGUGCUAUUUCAGUUAUUUAUUCAGUCAACUUUCUCGCCUUUGGCAGGGUGCAGCAGCAGCACCAAAGAAAAUAGUGAAAUUAUCAGAUUCUGUUUUGCCAGCGACUUCUGGACUUGAUGGUCUGCCUCGUGAGGAUAUUAGUGGGAAGAUCACCCCAAAUCUUCUAAAGAACCUUGGCAGUUCUGACUGGAAGGUAAUUACAUUACAACCUUUGUGGUAUAAUUCAUGAUGGCCUCGUGUGAUAAGAAAUCUGGUUUAUGUAGGUGCGCCUAGAGUCAAUUGAGUCUGUUAACAAAAUUUUGGAAGAAGCUAACAGACGCAUUCAACCUACUGGGACCAGUAAGAAAUUUGAUUGGAUGUCUCUUAAUAAAUAUGCUAGUUCUCUUAUUUGUGGAACCCGUAUGAAAUCGUCAAUAAUCCUGCUUAUUUUUUCUUUUUUUUGACAGCCGAGUUGUUUACUGCUCUCAGAGGUCGCCUUUGUGAUAGCAACAAGAAUUUAGUGAUGGCAACAUUGACUACUAUUGCUUGUAUUGCAUCUGCCAUGGGACCAGCCGUUGAGAAAUCAAGCAAGGUUCAAAUUCAGUAGUCAGUCUAAUUCUUUUUUUGUUUGUUUGUUUAUGUAGUAUCCUGAGAAUAAUAUGCCAUUUUUCUGACAGGGCAUCUUAUCUGAUGUUUUAAAAUGCCUUGGCGACAAUAAGAAACAUAUGCGGGAAUGUACAUUGAAUACUUUAGAUUCGUGGGCUGCAGCUGUUCAACUUGAUCGAAUGGUAUUUUUUUUCACAAUACAAAUAAUUGUCACUUGACUAAGUUCGGUUCUGAGUCCUUUGUUCCUGGGAAUUCUAGGUUCCAUACAUCAUAAAUUCUUUGACUGAGUCAAAGCUUAGUGCGGAGGGGCGAAAAGACCUCUUUGACUGGUUGUCCAAGCAUCUUUCUGGCACAGUUGAUCCAUCUGAAGUUUUGCACCUAUUGAAGCCUACUGCUGCUGCUUUGAGUGUAUCAAUUUUACUCUUUACCCAUGUCCUUUGUUUUCAUAAAAUAUUUGAGGUACGACUGGUAUCUUAUGUAUGUAGGACAAAUCUGGAGAGGUUAGAAAAUCUGCUGAAGUUUCAUUUUCUCUAGUUUUGAGGAUUUGCGGUCAAGAAAUGGUGUGUAUUAAACUGAUUUUAAAAGCUUUAUUUUCAUUCAUACUAAUCAUGUUAAUUGUUAUCCUUGCAAUGAAUCUAGGUGCAACUAUUGAUGAAUUCCUUUCAUUCAGGUGAUGAAGAAUCUUAAGGAUAUGCGUGGACCUGCUUUGUCUCUUGCUCUUGAACGAUUUAAACCCUCUGGUUUUCCCCAAGGUUCUUCAUCGUGGCCUUCAUUGUCUUAUCUUCAUUUGUGAAUGAUAAUAUUGCGUUUGAUUUGCAAAAUGAUCUAUCGUUAUGUUUGUGAUUCAUUUUUUAUAUCAUUUGCUAUAUGUUUUACUGGGUCAGAUGCACCAGAAUCUACGAGAUUAUCUAAUGGUUUGGCGCCUAAGGUAAACUCAAAGACCGGAAAAUCGGGAUUAAUUAGUGGUGUUGACCGUGGAUCAAAGGUUGGAAGCAGGGUAACGUUGUCUCUCUACCUCUCUUCCUUGUUUAUCGUGUUCUUGCAUGAGGUUAUUUAUCGAAAUAUCUUCCAUUUGGACAGAGAGCCAUCCCUACAAGGGUUUCGAAGUCAGACUCAAUAGCAUCUGUUCAAGAUCUUGCUCUUCAAUCUCAGGCUUUAUUUAAUAUAAAAGAUUCAUGCAAGGUGGUAUUGGAUGUAGAUCUAUUUAUUGUAAGAUAUAAGUGCGAAAUCAUGGAUGUCUCAUUUGCCGUUUAUCUAUUCAACUUGACAGGAAGAUCGAGAAAGGCUGGUUAUUCGAAGGUUUAAAUUUGAGGAUCCGCGACCUGAGCAGAUUCAAGAUCUUGAGGUUGGAAAUUUUUUAUCUGUUGACCAAUUCGUUAUUCUCGUGUUGCUUAUUAUUACCGUCUCCCUUGCUGUCAUCAUUCGUUAUUUUUUUAAAGUAGUGCCAUGUUUCCUGUUCUCGCCCGCCUUCGGUUAUUAGCAAUCAACCUUUUUUUAUACAACCUCUAUGGUAUGAUCGAGGCAUGCCCUAUCUAUGCUAUCUUCUUCAAAAGAGGUCGAUCUUCCUGAUCAAUAGCUCUAGAUUCUUAACAUAGUGGAUUUGCGGUACUCGUUUCGUCUCCAAUUGGUUUCUUAGUUUUAUUGAUUCAUAGUUGCUGAAACUCUCUCGAAUAAGGAGUUCAUGUUAUAAUGAAGACAAAAGUGAUAUUAAUCUUUGGGUUGCUGUCUGGGAGAAGUUUAGGUGGAUUUUUAGGUUAGGCCUGGUAGCCUAGUUUGGGAUUGGAGCAGUAGUGGUCUUCAUUGACAGUAACGCUUCUUCACCUACUUAUUCUUAGUUGGAUGAGAAGUCUGGAUGGUAAUCAUGCUACAUGAAGAGUAACACUACGUUUUCUAUGUUCUUAACUUAUGUGCAAAAAAAAAGUGACUUCAAAUUUUAUUCUUUACUCUACAUGCAAAUAUAUAUAUAUAUAUAUAUAUAAUUAAAAUCCCUUGUAUAUAAAGUGAAUAUGAGGUCAGAUUUUAUCAUGUUGAUUGGAUUCGGAUCAUGGAGUUUUCGCAUGCAACGUUGGAUCACAUAGGAAUUCAGUGCAUUUGUGUCACAAACAAUGACAGGACUUCAUGAAUUCAUGCACAUGGCUUUUAAAUUGUUGUAGUAUGAUUUGAUGAAGUACUUCAGAGAAGAUCUACAUCGGCGGCUUCUGAGCACAGACUUCAAGAAGCAAGUUGAUGGGCUUGAGAUGCUGCAGAAGGUAAUGAGGCCAACUACUUCACUAUCUCUGAAAGUCAAUGAAUUUGUUGAUCUGCUUAAUCCUUCCCAACUUGCAUUUUCUUUCUUCUAUUUGUUCUUUUAAUUCUUAGCUUUAUUACAGGCUCUCCAGUCUAACUCCAAGGAAAUAAUUGAGCUUGUUGAUAUACUUUUAAGGUGGUUUGUUCUGCGAUUCUGUGAAUCUAACACAACUUGCUUGCUGAAGGUAACUUUAUUUCGUUUCGAUGUGUAUGAUUCUCCUGUAAGUAUUUUCUCAUUAUCAACCUUUUUAACAGGUGCUUGAGUUUCUUCCUGAGCUUAUUCACACCUUGAAGAACGAGGGCUAUGCUCUCACAGAGUCUGAAGCAGCAAUAUUUCUUCCAUGCCUGAUAGAAAAAGUGCGUUCUUGACAGGAUUUUCUACCCUCCAUGCACACGGUCCCUUUGCGUUUCUAUUAUUUCUGCAUUUUUAUUUCUUAUCCAAUAUUUUAUUUGUGAAUCUACUGUUGUUCGGGUCUUUCAUUCUGUUUGUCUUCCAUUUCUAGAGGGUUAUUAAUUUUUUCAGGCCUUUAAUUCUCGUGUUACUAUUUACAUUGCAGUCGGGGCAUAACAUUGAAAAAGUGAGAGAGAAAAUGCGGGAACUCACAAAGCAAAUUGUUCUUGUUUACUCUGCUUCAAAGCUAUUCUCUUAUGCCGCAGAGGGUUUGCGCUCAAAAAAUAACCGAACUCGGAUUGAGUGUGUCGAGCUUGUUGGGUUUCUAAUCGAUCAUCACGGAACUGAGGUAUUUUGCCAAUGUUUAUAGUUGUUACAAAGUGUCAGGUGAAUAGAAGUUUAAUGUGACAUCAUUCCUUUCGACAGGUUAGUGGACAGUUCAAGUCCUUGCAACUUGUUGCUGCUUUGACGUCAGAGCGCGAUGGCGAAAUUAGGAAAGCUGCCUUAAAUACUUUGACCACUGCUUACAAGAUUCUCGGUAUGUCUUAAGCGUUCAAUGGAAUUUCAUUGAAUGAUUUUGCGAUCUGAUUAACAUUUUCCCCCCUAGUUUUAUUGAUGGCCAGAGGAACCUUUUUUCUCAACAAAAGGACGUCACUUUCCAGUUGGUGACUCACUUGACUGAAAAUGACUUCCAUCUUUCUGCUCACCAGAUUCAGACUAAUUCCAAUUUGACUUCCUUGCCAAUCUCUUUCUGGGUGAUUUUACUUUUAGGUCCUUUCUUCUGUCAGCUCUGUUCUUUCCUUUACAGGUAUGUUGCUAUGACUGUAACCUACGCCUCCUGUCUUUAGAGCACCCCUUGUCCUCUUUGGUCAGAAGACGAGUGGUUUUUAGACGCCCAAAGAUUUGAAUCACCAUCCCCAUCAUUCACUGGAAUAUGUUUAGUUGUAUGAGCUUCAAUUCUGAACCUUAGCUGGGCAUAUGGAAGAAAAUCUGUGCUCAAAGUGUUUACAUCCUCAUCAGUGGCCUAUAUCACCAUAUGAGCAUUGAAAUGACUUAGAAUUCCAAAGGCUUCAUGUAAGAUCAACCAGCUGAAGCCAAAAUGGCCACAAACUUGAAUAUAUAGAGAUGUUUUACGAUUCAAAAUACUCUUAGUCUUCACAGAGCUAAUUGUCCAAAAAUAAAAUAAGAUUCAUCCCUUAAUCGUUGUCCAGAUUUAGCUUAACGUACUUCUGCACCCAAUUCGAACAAAUAAUCAAGAAAGUUCUUUUUUCACUUCAACCAAAUAAGAUACUUUAUUUGGAGACUUCUGUUCCCAAAGGGAUAUCAACUUCCUGUAGCAGGCCGCAGGUUCCUUCUGAGCUUCAUUCUAGCAAUAAUCUGUGAUAAUGUCACGGCAAAGGGCAUUAUAUUGCCUAAUGAUGCCGAAGGGAUCACACCCUCCAGCUCGUCAGGAAGCCCUUUCAUUUUAAGUGCCACAGCUAAUCUUGAUGUCCAUAUCUCUCUCCUUCUGUCUUUUAACAGCAAUUUAUUUUUCUCAUGAAUCUUUGCACUUAAGUCCAUCUUCUGUAGCCAAUGGUGUUCCACAAUACCAAAUUGUAUUCGACUAAUAGUUGAUCUGAUUUUUUUUUUCUGUCGUUUCCCGGAAAUAGGUGAGGAUAUUUGGAGAUAUGUUGGAAAACUAUCAGAUGCUCAAAAAAGCAUGAUGGAUGAUAGAUUCAAAUGGAAGGUUUGUAGAAAAUUUUCUUCUCUUUUCGUUUUGCUAUCUAGUGUCGCCUCAUAUAAUUUUUCAUUUACGUACCCUAAAUAGGCAAGGGAAAUGGAUAAGAGAAGGGAAGGAAAGCCUGGAGAUGCUAGGGCAGCUUUAAGGCGCUCUAUUAGAGAUAAUGGGUCUGUAUUUUUCUUCAACUAUAUUUGAUUAUUUUUUGCAUUUCUCAUUGAUCUGAUAUUGAAUUUUCAUUUUAUUUUAUGAUCCUGUCAUUAUCUAACUUAUCUUUUUAAAUGAACAGGUUAGAUGUAGCAGAGCAAAGUGGAGAAGUUCUCUCACGUUCUGUAUUGUCAUCUGCUUUAGCCAGGUUUGGCAUUUCAGAUAGAACAUUGCUAUUUUUUCUCAUUUAGUGAUUGGCUAUGAUUGCCAGUAUUCGGUUGAUCCAAUACAUACCUAUGGAUUUGUAGUGGGAGGGAUACGAAUUAUGUUGACCAUGACAUGGACCAACAUAUCAUAUCAAGAACACUAGUUGCUGCAAAUGGACCUUUAGAUUGGCGUGAAGCUUUAGAUAUCAUUUCCUUAGGUUCUCCCGAGCAGGUAUUAUCUUUCUUCGAUUACAUUUUCUUUUCUUGGUUCCUAUUUUGUCACAUUUUGUUAUGUAGAUUUUUUGUGUUUGCAUUUGAACGUGUUUUUCAUAGUACUGAAGAUGUAACAUAGGCAAUAGUGUGAGCCAGAUGUUCAUGAGCAAUCUGAACUUGAAUGUACUGAAUGGACGCUGUUAGCUUGUCUAGGAAUGCGAAUGUGGAUUUGUGAUAGCGUGUGCAUUUGAAUUCAGCAAAAUGAAUUCACAAAAGAAAAUUUUUCGUUAAUAACUUGUUGUUUACAUGGAUUAUACUAUUUUUCUAUCAAUAGCUAGUAUGAUGAUUAAUUUUUUCACUAAUUUUUUUAUUUAUUUUUUAUCUAUAUUCAGUUAUUUAGCAUGGCCAAGCUUAUUAUUUAUUGACAUUUACUUACACUUUUCUCAUUAUAAAUACUAUUUAUAUUCAUAUAUUUUCUUCUUCAUAUCUGUAAAACUAGGUGUCACCUUGCUGCCUACAAGUAUGAUUGAGCCAUGCAAUCUAACCGCUGACUUUAUUGUAUUCACCAAAACGAUGCUAAGGGAUUGCUUUAUUUUAUAUGUAAGAGGGCGGACAUCUUUGCACCAUAUUAAAAAAUGGAAUAGCCACGAAUGGAGAUGCUCAUGGGGGAAAUAUAUGCGCAAUAUCAGCCAACCAUAAUAAUUAGAGACAGGCGCGUUCCAUUAGUAUCAUACUCUCUACUAGCUGAUAAGUCAGGAUCAAAGCAUCUGUAAUAUUUGAGGGAAUCAAGGGAUUCGUUAGACAUUGGGUUCAUAAGAUAGAUUCAUUUUUACCCAGGCUCCACAUGAGAGAAUGCGGUGAUGCGUGUCUAAGAAGCAUUUUAGUUUAAUUUUCCAUUACCAACUGAUGAGCAGUUAUAAUCUUCAAAAUCGAAUCCGGUUCUUUAAUUUUUCUAUUUUAGGGUUUUUUGUUCUGUUUUAUUUUUUCCCUCUCGUGUGCUUAAAUUCACGCUUCCUGGGUACAGGCAUACUUUCAGUAAACUUUCAUAUUUUUCUCACAAAGAAUGCAGACAUCCUUGUCCUAAUGCGUUUUUUGCUCAAGUAACAUCCUGUCUCCGAUUAAAAUCAUAUGUGACAUUGGGUUGAAGUCAGUAUUUUCGAGAUGAAGUCAGCAUAUUGGUGACAUUUUCUAUUUAGAGUUUUACAAUUCUGUUCUCUUCAUAAAGAGAGAUCUUGGUGAGCUUCUGGGCUCCAUUAGUUGAAAGGGACGCCUAUCAACUUGAACGAGACAGAGAUCCCAUUCUGGGCACCAACGAUGUCAAUCUACCAUUCCCGUGGUGUUAUAUAGAAAAAGUUGAUUAAAGAGACCUUAGCCUCAAGCACUCGGUUACCCAGGGUAUCAAUAAUCUGUUUUAGUACCGUCCCAUGACUCUGUUAUGUGCCAUUCCAUUUCAUCUUUCCAUUGCCUCUGCAAGAAUGCAGGCCAAGUCUCCAGCCUCUGAGCUAACUAGCGAAUUUUGGCAACUCUGCAGUUGGUUUUUGGAAUUUUUUGCCAUCUCCUCCUCUCCUCACUGGUCCUAUCUUCUUUCCUGCUUAUUGUUUUUUAAAGAUCCAAGUGGAGGAAGAUAUAGAGUGCCUGCUUCGUGUAAAAAGCUCUUAUAUUUGUAUGGAAUAUUCAGAUUUGUUCUCUUCUGGAACUUAAUUCUUUUCGUUUACUAUGUUUUUUAACUUAGUUUACAUCCUUGUAUCCUUGCAUUCUGAUUCCUUCCUAUUCUUUCUGGCCGCUAGAUUACCUCGGUAGCAGCCAUUGCUUUUAUGGUGCCUCUGCAGCGAUGUAAUUGUUAAACACGAAACAGUUUAUUCCAAUGUAAUAAGGGAUCGUAGAAUGAACUUCAUAGACUCUUUUUUAGAAACCUAAAAUCUAGAGACUAUUUUUAAUCAUAAACUUCUUGCCUGCUUCUGGGAUAACUGAGUUUAGUUUUGUCUGCUUCAGUGUCACCUUCAUUACUUUUAUUUCUAUUUCAUUUUGUUCUUCUACUAAGUAACCACGCAGAGAAAACUCCUGAAAAAUAUGUUGGUUUGGUGCAGUCAGUUGAAGGCAUGAAAGUUGUUUGCCAUGAGCUAAAUCAAGUAACAGCAGAUCCAGAAAGUAGCAUAAUAGAUGAUCUUGUCAAAGAGGCAGAUAGACUAGUCUCAUGCCUUGCAAACAUGGUAAUUUCUUUUUUAUAACUUGCCUAUGAUAUCAAAAAUAUCCACGCCCCAGUGUUCUAUUGAUGUAAACUUAACUUUGGCAGGUGCCCAAGACCUUUGGUUUUAGCCUUGCUGGGGCAUCUUCAAGGUCAUGUAAAUACGUUCUGAACACUCUCAUGCAGGUAGAGAGACAUCUGCCUAGUUACUCUUUGUAGAUAUAAGCAAUCAGUCUUUAUUUAUUUUUCGGAACAUCAAUUUUUUUUUUGUUUGAUCUGCAGACCUUCCAGAUAAAGAGGUUGGCUCAUGCUGUGAGGGAGCGUACUCUUGAUAAUCUCAUCACGGAACUCCUUCUCUGGCUCUUAGAUGAAAGGGUUCCUUUGAUGGAUGAUGGCAGUCAACUCUUAAAAGCGCUGAAUGUCCUGAUGCUUAAAAUACUAGUAGGGAUAUGUUCUGUUUGUCUACUCUAUAUUUAUUAGGCCGUAAGAGCUUUCUGUUAUUUCAUCCAUACUGCCAAAAUUACUGGUGCAGGACAAUGCCGAACGUACUUCAUCCUUCGUCGUUCUGAUUAACUUGUUGAGGCCACUGGACCCUUCACGGUGGCCAUCUCCUCCAUCCAGUGAGACCACCGCUUCUCGGAACCAGAAGUUCUCCGAACUAGUCGUCAAAUGCCUAAUUAAACUCACAAAGGUGACUUUCUCGUACGAGCUUUCAGUCGGUUCCAUUUUCCGUGUCUGUUCUCUGUACCGUAGAUCAUCAGUGAAUUAACUCUUUUGGGAUUAAAAUUUCUGCCAGGUCCUCCAGAGCACGAUUUUUGAAGUGGAUCUCGAUCGCAUUCUUCAAAGCAUUCACGUGUAUUUGCAAGAACUGGGGAUGGAAGAGAUUCGGAGAAGGUGGCUGCGAUGAACUAAUGACUUUCAUAUUUAUACAGUCUUAUCCUCUAUAUUUAUUUUUAACUUUUGUAGCUUUAUUUAUAUUAUAUAGGGCUGGUGCCGACGACAAACCAUUACGCAUGGUUAAGACUGUUCUCCAUGAACUAGUAAAGCUUCGUGGAACGGCAAUUAAGGGUCAUUUGUCCAUGGUUCCGAUAGACACGGAACCUCAGCCGAUCAUUCUUGCAUAUAUAGACCUGAACCUUCAGGUAAACACUGGCUUUAUUAUGUUUGCCAACCUAGCCGUAUGUUAGCAUUUGGUUAUCAUGUCACAGAAAUCUACUUUCGUGCACGAUGCACCUGAUACUUGGUUGUUUCAUUGCUCUAUCAGACCCUUGCUGCAGCCCGAAUGCUCACUCCAUCUGUUCCAAUGGGGCAAAGCCAUUGGGGGGAUUCUGCUUCAAAUAGUCCAGCUUCCACUACACAUUCCGCUGAUGCGCAGCUGAAGGUAUUUCCUUCCCUUAUUUAUCUGCCUUCUUGAAGGCAUAGGUUUAAUGUUAUUUACUUUCAAUUAGUCAAAUUUCUCAUAAAAAAAGUGAGUAAUUAAUGUUCGAGUGGGGUUGAACUGUGGAUGCAGCAAGAACUCGCUGCGGUGUUCAAAAAGAUCGGUGACAAACAGACCUGUUCUAUUGGUCUGUACGAACUAUAUCGCAUCACCCAGCUGUACCCCAAGGUAGAUUCGUGGACUCUCGUGAUUCUUUCAUUCCAUCCCGUGGUUCUCUUUUGCAUUUUCCCAAUGAAUCAAUCGUUCUCUUUCUGCAGGUUGAUAUAUUUUCUCAGCUCCAGAAUGCAAGCGAGGCUUUCCGCACCUACAUAAGGGAUGGGCUUGUUCAGGUCAGCCAAAAAGUCUUCCUCUCUCUCUCUCUCUCUCUCUCUCUUUCUGGGCUCAUACCAUCCAGAGCUAAAAAGUAUUCACGAGACGUUCUCUGUGCACAGAUGGAGAAGAAUGCAGCUGCCGGGAGGACUCCCUCAAGCCUACCUAUUUCCACCCCUCCUCCCCUCGCUUUAAAUAUCCCCUCCCCAAAGUUUGCCCCUCUCUCUCCCGUGCAUACCAAGUCUCUUGCUACCAAGCCCGACCAUGCGAACUACAAUCCCUCUCUCUCGCUCCCUGAAGACUACGGCGUAGGGCCCAUGGCCUCCGAGCGGGGCUCCAAUGACAUGGCUGAGUUCAAGCCCCAACAUGGAGAUGAGCGGAUUGAUAGGAACAUGCCAGCCGGUUCGUCUCUCACCUUCUCAUCCCAUAUCUUCAUCCAUAGUUCCUGCUUCAGAAGAGGGCUGAUGCUAAACUUCUCAGCUAUUGCAGUUACCCCAGGGACACUGGAUGCGAUUAGAGAAAGAAUGAGAUCCAUUCAAGCUGCAGCGGCUGCAGAGAACAUCGAAAGCCUCAAUCGGUCAAUGUUCUAUGUGAACGGCAACGUAAACCAUGGUUUACCAGGUCAACAUCAGGUGAGUCGCAGUGACGUCGAGCCUCCAGCGCAGCAGCCCAGUGUUCUCCCAAUGGACGAGAAGGCAUUGUCGGGGCUCCAGGCCAGGAUGGAGCGGCUCAAGAGCGGAAGUAUCGAUCCACUGUAG